AUGCCUGAACCAGCCAAGUCUGCGCCGGCGCCCAAGAAGGGCUCCAAGAAAGCCGUGAACCAAGACCCAGAAGAAGGAACGGCAAGAAGCGGAGGAAGGACUAGGAAGGAGAGUUAUGCCAUCUACCGUGUACAAGGUGCUCAAGCAGGUCCACCCCGACACGGCACAUCUCGUCCAAGGCCAUGAGCAUCAUGAACUCCUUCGUCAAUGACAUCUUCGAGCGCAUCGCCGGCGAAGCUUCCCGCCUGGCUAUCAUUACAACAGCGCUCCACCAUCACCUCCCGGGGAGAUCCAGACCGCCGUCCGCCUCCUCCUGCCCGGAGAGCUGGCCAAGCACGCCGUCUCGAGGGCACCAAGGCCGUCACCAUAAGUACACCAGCGCCAAGUAA